CCACCAUGUCUACCACAGAGACCGCGCCCGUCCCCACACAACCCACCACGGAUGGCACCACCACCGACGACACGACGCUCCUCGUCGCAGAGAACAAGGCCGAAGAAGAGCCCCAGAGCCCGCUGACCCAGAAGUUCACAGCGAGCGAAUGGGCAGCCCUCAAGGAGUUCCGCACGCACCUCCCCGAGAUAUUCGCGAGCGCGUACGACGCCAACCCGGACGCAAAGACGACGCCGGUCACCAUCUGGGGCGCCACGCUCGACCCCAGCGGCAAGCCCGACGCGCGCGCGAGCGUCGUCCUCAUGAAAUGGCUCCGUGCGAGGAACCUGAACGUCGCCGAGGCGAAGACGAUGAUGGUCGCGACCCUCCGCUGGCGCGACGAGUUCAACGUCGAGGAGGCCGUCCGGGAGACGUUCCCCGCGGACGUGUUUGGGAAGCUCGGCUAUAUCUACGGGAAGGACAAGCAGGGCAGACCCGUCACGUACAACUUUUACGGCGCGAACAAGGACCUGGACGCCGUGUUCGGCGACGUGCAGCGCUUCCUCCGGUGGCGCAUCGCGCUCAUGGAGCGCGGCAUCGCACUCAUGGACCUCGAGACCGUCGACCAGAUGGUACAAGUGCACGACUACGAGGGCGUCGGCUGGAACAGCCGCACCGCGAACUCCAAAGCCGCAGCCGCCGAAGCCAGCAGCAUAUUCCAGAACCACUACCCCGAGUUCCUCGCCCACAAGUUCUUCGUGAACGUCCCCGGCUUCCUCACGUGGAUCUUCUGGCUCUUCAAGCCCCUGCUCUCCGCCGCGACCCUCGCGAAGAUGAAGGUCGCCGGGAGCGGCGCGCACGCCAUCGGCAAGGAGCUCCGCCCGCUCAUCGCCGACGACCAGCUCCCGCCGCGCUACGGCGGCGCCGCGCCCGACGCCCCGUUCUGAUCGCGCGCACUCUGCGGCCCUCGUGCCCCCGUGCCCCCGUGCCCGUGUAUCUUUGCAUCUUCGUGUCUCUGUGUUUUUACGUCCGCCGUUGCUGUGCGCUACCCCUAGUUUCUUUUGCCGCAUCAUGAUCUUUCGUUGCACUUUUUUUUGGUCUGCCCUGUUGGUUUUUGAUGCCCCCGCAGCACGUCACCUGCUCUCCACAUACGUACUAACCCCUCACAUCCUUCUCUCCACGAUCGAUCGCGGCCGGCUCGGCGCAGCGCGGCGCUCGCAUCGCAGCCCAGCCAAAGCGUUCACGCCAACAGCUAUCAGAAUCGCUCUCCUUCGCUUCAUCCAUGUCCGCCGCAGUCUUAGUUUUACGCGCCCCCUCGAUGUCCGCCCGCCGUUCGCAUGUAUACGUUUGCACGCUCCUCACCGGAACGACCGUCGUGUGUCCCCCUGCUAUGUAGUUGCGUUGCGAGAUG